UAUUUUGUGGAUAGUAAAGAAGUGCAAUUAUAAAUUUCCAAUACAAUUAUUAGAAAUGGAUACAUCACUGAAAAGUAAACCUUUUAUAAAGCCCAAAACAAUGGCCGAACUUUUACCAGGACUUAGUAGUAUUUUAAAUGAAGACGCCGUGCGAUCUCUCACGGCUAAGAAACAGCCACGGGCCACUAUAGCUCAAACCCGAACAGCUGAAAAGGUCGUUAAACCAUUAACGAUUGCAGAAAUGAGAGCGGAUAUUGUUUCACUCCUACAUUCUCCGAAGAGAACUGUUCAACCAAACACUUCAACUAAGAAAAGAAAUUGGAACUCAUCAGUCAAACCAGAAAACAAAACGAAAAGUCUUUUAUCUAAUGGUCAAACGAAACGCAGUUCUGUAAGAAAAGUUCUCAACUUUCAACCAAAAAAUAAGCCUGUUACAAAUGUUAGAACAACUUUAAUUAGUUCAGAAACACCAAAAUUUCCAAAACCAGAAUUAAGAGCGAAAAAGUCAUUAAACAUACAAGCAAAAAACAGUGUAAGAAUAAGUGGUGUAUACAGAAUACCACAAGCCAAACAAAACUUCCCUGUGACACCAUCCUCCAACCUCUCGUUCAAGUCAAAUAGUGAUGCCAGUUUCUUACAAAAUGAAAAACACAUCAAUGACCAGGUAGAAAAAGCUAGGGCGAUCAUUGAAAGGCCGAUUUUAGACAAUAUCGCAGAAGCUACUCCUCCCAUAUCAACACCGUUCAAAGAGUAUAGAAAUGUUCAAGAAUACUUUAAUGACACAUGUGAUUUAGAUAAUUCUUUAAAUAACAACACCAUAAUGAACUUUGACAAAGAAUUGAGUAAAGAGAACAGUAAAAGAGAAGAAAGUGUGAUUGUCUCUCUCUGUGAUAUGCUGAAUAAAGCGGCAGUCACCAGCAUAGAUAAUAAAACUGAUCUGACAGUUACAGAUAAAAUAAACACAGAGUUAAACGAACUACUUGAAAUAGAGAAAGAAACUGAAAAUAAUAUUAGGGCAAUAGAAAUGGGCAUUAAAACUUUGAAUGACAUAAAAGAGGCCCAACAGAAAUCAUUACAAAAUGUCAGGAAGUUGAUCAAUGCCAAAAAGAAUAUUAAACCAGUCAAUGAAUCUGAUUCAAAUUCAGCUGAUACAGAGAUGGAAAGAUCGACUAAACAGCAACCUUCAUAUAAAAUACCAAAAAAGAAUACGUGUCUGAGGAAAAAGGUGUUUCGUAAGUCACUGCCAAAUGUUUCUGACGGUAUGCAGACUCCGCCCAAAAAUAAAGUCUUAGAUAUGUACAUGGAGAUGAAAGAGAAAAUGAAUUUUCUUAACACGCCAUCAGUGAAACGCCAAAUGCCAUCUCAAGACACACCUACAAUUACAUCGCAUAAUUUACAGAAGCAGUUGGACAAACUGUAUAAUGGAAGCUAACAUUACUUUCAAAGCAUUCAAUGUCAAACAAAAAUAGAUUUAAAUUAUUUGGAAUAAGACACGUAAUUGAAUGAAAUAAAUAGGUCUUGCCAGGUUAAAAAAUGAAAAGCUACAUUUGGUUGCAAUAUCAUAAAUACCAAAUAAAAUAUAUUAAUCGAAAUAAUGUCAUUAUAUGUUUUUUAUAUAAAUGUUUAUAUGUAAGCUACUGGCUAGCGGAAUUAAUUUAUUACAUUACCCAUUGUCAUUUAAUUUUAUGUUAACCAAAUUUGUGUAUAUGUAGUUAUUUUCUAUGUAAAUUUUAAUUAAUUUUAUUUAAGUAUAUGGUUGUGCUGUGGUCUAUGACAUUGAAUCGGUCAUGUCAUGAAGUGAAAAAUGUUGUCAUAAUGUGUUUCAUGAUAUGACAAUUAUAAUCAUUGGUUUCAUUGAAAACGUUUAAUAUGAAAUUUAGUUAAUUUUUUUUUAAUGUGUACUAUAUUUUGUAAAUAGCGAUUCUGGCGAUAUAAUAAUAAUAUUUACACAUUUUUGACCAAGUGAUUUCACUGAAGGAAUCACUUAACGUUGACAAAAUGUAAGGUAGAUUAUUUAGAUCCUAAGCUCCUUAGCAAAUCUUGUAAUAAUGACUGACUAACUACAUACCACUACUCUAACUCGCAAAUUAUUAACAAUAAAGGAUAUAUA